AAUUAACAUUUGUAAUUUGUACCCACUUCCCUGGUAUAUCUUUCAUCGACCCUAACCGAAUGCGGCCUAGCUUUAUUAAACUAUAUUGUGUUAGAUUUUUUAUAAAUUUAUACUGUCCUGUUCUAACUUGCAUCCUGCGCUAGAUGUGAUGUGUUCAAAUAUAUAUUUAUUAUUUACAAUUUUAAGCUUGUGAUUUUCUCUUAUUUAUUCUUAAUUUCUUGUAAAAUCAAAAUGUAUUGUUUCUUAUACUUGUGAUGAAAUUACUAAUCUAUGAAUAAAAUGUUGUUUACUGUAAAUAUUGUGUUAUGAUGGAUUAUCCUUUUACCUUGCAAACAAAUAAUAUGCGGAUACUGUAAAUAGAUAUAAGACCGGGUCGACAUUAAGGUGUCGCUUAUACUUUUUUGAAGUACGUACGUACAUUUACAUGUCAAAACCACAACGCUUUAAUUUAAAAACCAAAUUUCAAAUGAUGAUCGAUUUCUGCGAGAAUGCCUGCAUUCUUUGCCUACUUAAUGUAAUGAGUAAUUUGCUGAAUGAAGGCAGCUUUAACCUUCAUCCAGCAGUAUUAGUAAUCUUACCAAUAUUCCUACCCGGUUCCUUGUGCAAACUUUAUUGCGUACAUUGUUCUCUAGACUAGAUAUCUUCAUGUUUCAGUUUUUUUUCAUAAUCUUGUCAUUUUCAUAAGAAGUAUUUCCGGACUCCUCUGUUACAUCAGACCUUAAUUUCUUUUUUUUCUUUACAAUGAUAAGAUGAGCCAAGAGAAAGGAAGAUUUUUCCAUGUGUGGGUACCUGGAGAGAGUUUCAAACCCAACCCUGUUCUAAGCCAAGAGUCCCCGACGACAAGUACUGAAUUAGUUCUGGAAGGAUCUCCUAUAACUGCUCCCGUAUUAGAAGAUACCGACAUCGAAAUAUUCUUGUCUUCUGACAAGGUUUAUGAUGAAAGGAAUGAGGACGGCUCUAACAAUAUCUCUACUACUUAUGAACAGAUCAAUGUGAACCAACUAGAUGCUUACAAGCCUGUAGCAAGUCCAGAACCAAUAUAUUCCUUGACCCGACCCAAGCCUAAACCUAGGGUUAGAGGUCCUAGGGACCCUGAUGCCCCCAAACCUCCUCAAAGUGCGUAUAUACGUUGGUUGAAGGAUGUUAGAGUAUUGGUUCAGCAGGAGCUUGGUAAUCCAUCAUUCUCCGAGCUUAACAGAGAACUAGGAUACAGAUGGAGGAACAUUGAUGAGAAUACCAAGGGUUGGUAUACAUGGUUAGCAGAGAAGGAUAAUGUAGAGUACAGGAAAGCUAUGAAAAUAUAUACCAACAGUCCCCGGUAUCUCCAUAUGAAGGAGCAGGCCAAGAUAAAGAAAAUGCUCGAAAAUCCUCCUAAGAUUCCCCCCAGUGCGUACACGUUGUGGGUGAAGGAUAACAAGGAAACUGUAAAAGCUGAUCUUAACCCCAAUUCUUCGUGUCAUUUGAUGAGUUCAGAGCUUGGGAAGCGAUGGAAGAGCUUGGAUCUCGAGACUAAACAAUAUUACUGCCGACUCGCAGGACAGAAGAAGAAAGAUUUUUAUUCUCAACAGAAUCAUUUACCGUCACCUUCUCUGCCCUUGAACUCUCUGCAGGAGUACAGGGUUCCAGAGUUAUUCUACAAAGAAGCAACUAUGUCCUCGGACACUUCGUCGAAAAAUCUGGACAAAAAGGAGUUAUGUCGAACCCUUCAUAAGGACAUGUUGGAGAAAGAAAAGAGCUCAUCGGGGUUACGUGAUCAUGUUAAAGCAGAUGAAAACAACCCGGAGAAAUCCUCCAAAUCUGUCCAGGACAAGGUUUCCUCUCCGGAGAAAACCACCAGCUUCAAACACAGACCUAUGAUAAAGAUUGCUAGAAACCUUUACCAAAACCCCUUCUCAAACAACUCCGAUCUACAGAGCUCAAACUCCUCAGUCAGACCCAACCCUGUACUGGUUGAAAAAUGGUCCCAAUCUGAAGAUCGUUCCUCAGUCCGACCCAACCCUGUACUAGUCGAAGAAUGGUCCAAAGCUAAAGUUCAUUCCUCCGUCCGACCCUACCCUGUACUAGUCGAAGAAUGGUCCAAAUCUAAAGUUCAUUCCUUCGUCCGUUCCAACCCUGCUAUAGUUGGACAAAGGUUCCAAUCUAAAUCUCACUCCUCCGUCCGACCCAACCCUGAACUAGUCGAAGAAUGGUCCAAAUCCAAGGAUUGCUCUGGCCAACCCAACCCUGUAUUAGUCGAAGAAUCGUCCAAAUCCAAAGAUUGCUCUGGCCAACCCAACCCUGUACUAGUCGAAGAAUCGUCCAAAUCCAAGGCUCACUGCUCCGUCCAACCGAACCUUGUUUUAGUUGAAAAAUUGUCUAAAUCUGAAGCUCGCUCCUCCGUGCGACCAAUUCAUGCCCUAGUUGGACAAAGGUUCCAAUCUAAUAAUCACUCCUCAAUCCGUUCCAACCCUGUUAUAGUUGGAAAAAGGCUCCAAUCUAGAGCUCACUCAUCCUCCCGACCCAACCCUGUUCUAGAUGUAGAACGUUUUGAACCAAAAGCUCCUGAAACUGCAGAUGAAGUAAAUGUGUACUCUCCAACCAUCAGGAUCACGGAUGAGGAAGGAAACAUGAUUUUCCACCCCCGCAUAUUUAACUAAAUAUAAAUCAAACUGUAUGCCAACUAACAACGGUAUUAAUGAGAUUGUUAACAUAAAUUAAACAUAAAGUGUUCUUUAAAGA